AUGAACAUCACCAUUCCUAAGCUCAGGCAUAUCCGGGAAAAGUCGACUAUCAUCAGACGCAACCGUACUCCCUACAGAGACGACUACUGGAAGGGUAUUCGAGUGAAGUUCUUCGUACAAACAGCUGUAGGAGGAGUUGCUAUGAUAGUACUGUUCUUGGUCUGCUGCUCCUACCUCUACGGCACAUUGUACAGAUCAAGCUUCAGACAUAAAAACAUGCAUGUACUUGCUGUAGAAUACGACGAAGACCUUAUCUCCCGGGCCCUCCGCCGCUUACGCAGGGCUGCAGGGACCAACCUUUCCCACGAUCUACUUCAUUCGCCAGACGACUAUCCAACUCCAGAGGGUAUAUACGCUAGCGUUCGACGAGGGAAGUACUGGGGUGCCGUAUAUACCACAGAAAAUGCCUCUUAUCGGCUAGAGGUAGCCUUCCAAGGGGGCCCAGUCGCCAGCUCUUACGAUCCCAGCAAAGCGUUAUCUUAUAUAUGGAAUCAAGAGUACUACACGACUUUCGCACAAUCUGCGAUUCAAACAAGUCUCCAGAAGCUUGUGGUAGCUGUCGGGACCGCAUACAUGAAGAUCAACGGAACCAAGGCUUUCCCAUUCGCAACGACAGAGGACAUCAACCCAGACUCGAAAAGCGCCAGUGUUCUUUUCACCACCGUCUCGAUGGCCAUGCCUCCCCUCCAACAAUCCUUCUUCCUGCUGGUCUUGAACGGGGUCUGUCGUCAACAUCAAAUCUACAGCAAAAUGACCAUCCGGUCCAGCACCAUAAUCCGCCGACUCGCUGGCAUCAUAUACACCUUAGGCGCCUCUCUAUGUCAAUCCGGUUACUAUUGGGCCUCCCGAGAAACCUGGGAAGUCAACGGCGUCCAAUUAGUCCUUACAUGGAUGACUCUUUGGCUGUUAAUGCAUGUCCACCUCAACAUCCUAGACGCUCCGCUUGAGCUCCAGCCGGGGUUCUACCACUGGGGUAUCUGUUUGUCAAGCCAGAAUAGUUAUCUGGUUUUGGUUACUGUCUGGACCGGCGGAGCUGAUAAUCGGCUAUAUCUUGCGUUGCCUAUUCUGUUCUCGUGGUGGAUAGUGAUAAACGUGGUCGCCACUCUUGCACAUACCCGGGCUUGUCAUAUGGCCUUUAAGCUUGAGGAAAGUGAGGAGAAGAGGCCGCAGGAUCCGGAAGCUCCAUCCGUGCCUUCGGAGGACGAAUCCGAGACAAGCUCUCAGCGGCCGUUUACAUCGAAGGGCGAAGAUAGCGAUGGGCUGGAGCGAGAUAAGACAAUGGAAGAUCGUGCCAUGCAACAGAGGAGCGUAUAUGGGCCAUCGACUCUACCAGCCUUUUGA